AGCGGCUCUCAUAAACGUUUCAUCUCUGUCGUCCGCCGUUAUGAGACUAUCAUUCAUAAGCAUUGGCCGGCGCGGUCUGCUUCCACCCCGUUCAAUCCACCUGUCGUCUCCCGCGCGGACGCCGCUCUUCCACCACCGCCACGCGUCCACAUACCCCGCCUUCUCCGAAAUCGACAGCAAAUGGCGCUCGCACCUUCGGUCGACGACUCCCAGCACCUCCGCGCACAAGAAAGAUGAGAAAUUCUACAUCCUCUCGAUGUUCCCGUACCCCUCGGGGAGUCUGCACAUGGGACACCUACGGGUCUACACGAUCUCGGACGUGCUCAGUCGGUUCCGGCGAAUGCAGGGGUACGAGGUGAUCCAUCCGAUGGGUUGGGAUGCGUUCGGGCUGCCGGCGGAGAACGCGGCUAUCGAGCGCGGCGUCGACGCAAAGGACUGGACGGCGAUGAAUAUCGAGGCGAUGAAAGAGCAGUUUGAGAACAUGGGCGUGGCGUUUGAUUGGGAGAGGGAGGUCACGACUUGCUCGCCAGAUUAUUACGCGCACACUCAGCGUCUGUUUCUACACCUGCUAAAGCAUAACCUUGCGUACCGCGCGAGCUCGGCGGUGAAUUGGGAUCCGGUGGAUGAGACCGUGCUUGCGAACGAGCAAGUGUCGCCUUCGGGACACUCCUGGCGCUCUGGGGCGCUGGUGGAGAAGAAGGAGCUGGAGCAGUGGUUCUUCCGGAUUACGGCGUUCAAGGAGCAGCUGUUGGAGGAUCUGGAGUCGCUGAAGGAUACCUGGCCGGAGAGGGUGCGAACUAUGCAGAAGAAUUGGAUCGGGAAGUCAGUAGGCUCGAAGGUACGGUUUCCCGUUGGGAGUGAGAGCGACAUGGUGGAGGUGUUUACCACCAGACUGGAUACAUUGCUAGGUGUGCAGUAUCUGGCGCUGUCGAUGUCGCAUCCUCUCGUGCGUCGAUUGGCUGAGACGAACGGGGAUCUGAGGCGUUUCAUCGACGAUUCCAAGACGAGACGGAGCGAGGAGGACGUGAAGUCGAAGCGAGGCUUCCGUCUAGACAGCGUGAUGGCUACUAAUCCCUUGGAUCCAGGUGCUCGCUUGCCUAUAUUUGUGGCGGAUUAUGUCCUGGACGGGUACGGCGAAGGUGCCGUCAUGGGAGUUCCCGGGCACGACAUACGGGAUCACGCGUUUUGGCGGGAGAACUGUCCGGGCGAGGAAAUUAGAACUGUGGUCAAGCCUUCGUCAUUGAAGGAAACUGACAAUGAAAUCUUUACAGACCGUGGUGUGCUCACCUGUGGAGAGUAUAAAGGCCUCACUUCGGCGGAAGCACACCAGGCGUUCCUUGAGAAGCUGGGGAGUGAGUGGGCAGAGGAAACUACGCAAUGGCGUCUGAGGGAUUGGCUUGUUUCUCGCCAACGGUAUUGGGGGACGCCGAUCCCCAUUAUCCACUGUUCUUCUUGUGGUACUAUUCCAGUGCCGGAAAAAGAUCUGCCGGUCAUCCUCCCCGAAGGUAUCAGCAUCCGCGGCCGUGGCGGUUCUCCUCUCGCAAAAGCCGAGGAAUGGGUCAACGUAGCCUGUCCAUCCUGUGGCGAGCCAGCAAAGCGGGAUACAGACACUAUGGAUACUUUUAUCGACAGCAGCUGGUACUGGGCUCGCUACAUUGAUCCGAAGAACCCCAACCAGCUCUUCGAUGCAGAAAAGGCAGACAAGCUGCUUCCCGUAGACCUAUAUGUCGGCGGUGUGGAACACGCAAUCCUCCACCUCCUGUACUCUCGCUUCAUCGCCAAGUUCCUUGCUGGCCCCGCCGGCCUCUGGCCAAAUCCAUCCAACACAACCGCGGAACCUUUCAAGAAGCUGGUAACACAAGGCAUGGUUCACGGACUCACGUACACUGACCCCAUCACCGGUCGCUUCCUCAAGCCCGACGAACUCACCUAUGAAACCCCUUCCCAGCCGAAAAUCACCGCCACAGGCGCAACUCCGAACAAAAGCUACGAAAAAAUGAGCAAGAGCAAAUACAACGGUGUAGAUCCGCUCACAUGCAUCGCCACGCACGGCGCGGACGCCACCCGCGCACACGUCCUCUUCGCAGCACCCGUCGCCGACGUACUGAACUGGGACGAGGACAAGAUCAUUGGUGUGCGGCGUUUCCUCCUCCGCGUGCUCAAGCGCGCAGACACCUGUACAUUCGUCGAUGCCCCCACGCCAACACAGCUACCAGAAAUCACCACCCCGCAAGAGCGGAAACUCUGGAAGGUUCUCAACAACGCCGUCCACUCCGUGACUGAGGCGUUCUCGGAUACGCUCGCUAUGAAUACGACAAUCAGCGACCUAAUGAAACUGGAAAAUACCAUUGAGGCGGAGAGCAAGAACUGCUCUGCUGCUGUGGUGUAUGCCGCUACUCAGAUUAUGCUGCGGUUACUCGGCCCAAUCACUCCUGCGGUGGCGGAGGAGGCGUGGGAAAUGUUGCAUCGCGGAACGAGGUUAGAGGGGAUUAGAGUCUCGGAGCAGCCAUGGCCGCAGGUGGAUGAGAGGGUUUUUGAGGAGGAGGAUGUGACGGAUGUUGCGGUUGCAGUUAAUGGCAAGGUUAGGAUAAGAGUGAAAGUGGAGGGGAAGGUGGACGAAGAUGUGGUGAGGGAGAUGGUGCAGGGCAAGAAGGAGUGGGAGAAGUGGGCGAGUGGGAAGGAGGUUGUUAGGGUGAUAGUCGGCAAGGGGGGAAAGUUGGUGAAUUUUGUAGUUAGGUAGAUGGAUUCUCCGCAUCAAUAAAAAGCUUUUGGGGGUAGGUCGACAGUGACACCACAAAGCACAACAAGAAUGAAGCUGGU